CUCGUCGAUCAGACACGGUCCGCGCUCUGUCCCAUAUUGAACGGCAUUUCCGCGAAACAUUUGACGUUUUCAUUCAUGAAAACCGGUCAGAUUUAUGAUCUGUUUCACUUAGAUUAUUAAGAGACUGUUCUUCGUAGAGAUUUUCUUAAAAUAAUUCAGGCAAAAGCAGCAGUUUCUUCCUUUUUGCCAUCAGAUUCAACGAUUUUUCUUAUAAAGGGUGUUAUUCUGCAGGAGGGGUCAAAUAGACCAAAUCUCCGUAAGAGUACUGAAUAGGUGGAAGGAUGUUUUCAAUCCUCUCUGCAAAGUCGUAGACCUCCCUUUGGAAUAGAAAUCGGAAGAAACAGGAGAAACAAGAAAAGAAAAGAGUUCUUAGGAGUGGUGAUAUUCCUGAUUGCUGUAGAAGCCAGUGACAAGAAAGGUGCUAAUCGAAUCACAGUGAGGUGAAAAUGGACCAUAGGCGACAAUCUGGUACUUUUCCGAGAACACCCGAACUACUAACCAGAAAUAAAUGAAAACACACCAAAACAACACUCAAAGAAUGUUGAUAUUUUCAUUCUAACAUUACACCAUUGUUAUCAGUGAUCAAAAUGUUAAAAGACCUACACGAACUAUUUAUAAACGUGUUUAUUUAGUGCAGUAGUGACAAAACACAACAAAAAUGCCGGUGGUGGACGGGAUAAACGUUACAACGGUCCACAAACUAGACAUAAUAGACAAAAAAGGUGUCCAAGUGUUGUUUCUUAUAGCGUACACUACCAUAUUCGUGGUGGGAGUGUGCGGAAACGUUUUAGUGUGCUUCGUAGUGUUCAGAAACAAAGCGAUGAGGACUGUAACGAACUUAUUCAUCACUAAUCUAGCGCUGUCCGAUAUUUUACUAUGUGUUUUGGCAGUGCCCUUCACUCCGCUGUACACAUUUUUAGGGAAAUGGGUGUUUGGUAGUCUUAUCUGUCAUAUGGUGCCCUACGCUCAAGGAACCAGCGUCUAUAUAUCUACCCUAACUUUGAUGUCAAUUGCUAUAGACAGAUACUUUGUCAUAAUCUACCCCUUCCACCCCCGCAUGAAGCUCUCCACGUGCGUAGCAAUCAUAAUCAUCAUCUGGAUAUUCGCUAUCCUAGUAACAAGCCCUUACGGCAUCUACAUGAAACAUGUCCAGGAUCCUAACAACAUCACCAGAUACUACUGCGAAGAAGACUGGCCAGUGGAACAGUGGAGAGCAGCGUUUGGAGUUAUCACAGCUGCUCUGCAAUUUCUCAUUCCGUUUCUCAUUAUGGCCUACUGUUAUAUUUGUGUGUCUAUUAAAUUGAACGAUAGAGCCAGAGCAAAGCCUGGCUCGAAAAAUAGUAGAAAAGAGGAAGCGGAUAGAGAAAGAAAGAAGAGGACGAACAGGAUGCUGAUUGCUAUGGUCGCCGUGUUUCUAUUAUCCUGGCUGCCGCUAAACGUCGUCAAUAUUAUUAACGACUUCAAUAAAGAGAUGAUCGCCUGGGAAUACUACUUCUUAAGCUUCUUCUUGGUUCACCAAAUGGCAAUGUCAUCCACCUGCUACAACCCGUUCCUCUACGCAUGGCUGAACGAGAACUUCCGCAAAGAGUUCAAGCAAGUACUUCCCUGUUUCGACGCAUCGAUCACUAAAUACUCAAAUAGAAAAGUACCAUCUAACAGCCGAUUCACAAACUGGAGAUCCGAAAGAACAUGCAAUGGCAACAACGAAACCCAACAAGAAACGCUGCUCUCAUCUCAGAUACACAGAGCGCCAUCUAUCAAAGAGAAAAAGUUGACUCCGCCACCCUUGAAAACCGACAGUGUUGAAAUGGAAAACAUAAUAGUACCAAAUAUGGGCGUUGAAUACGACUCAGCUUUAGAAGUUGUAAAACUAAAUUUGAUCACUGAAGAAGAACCACCACCGUAUAAUGAAGGACGGAUGAACUCUGAAUGACUAUAAUAGGUUUAGCAGGAGAGAAGAACCUAGGUGUAAUAGAGAAAAUUAAAUGAUAUUGUUUAUACUAUAAGCAGUGUUUCUAGAUAAACGAAAUAUGUGCAGUGCCAAUUAUAUGUACCUUUUAAUGUAUAUGUAUAUAAAUGAAAAUAAAUAUGAUUUAUAG